AUGGGGACAGUCGAAGAAUCUGCUGCCCCCCGUCCGGCUUCCUCAAAAGGUACAGGCAGACCAGCAUGGAAAACGAGCGUCGUGAAUUGCGGAAAGAAGAUUCUUAUGUGGACACCUCCACGUUGUCGUUAUGAUCCGGACAAUCCUCCCAAGUUCAGUCUGGCUCUGAACCUGCUUUUUGCCCUGACCACUACGGUGACGGUGGCGAAUCUCUACUACGUCCAGCCCAUCUUGUACAAGAUUGCAGACACUUUCGAUGUGACCUUCGAGAGAGCCUCAUCGGUUGCGACCCUGCUUCAGGCAGGCUACGCCGCUGGUCUACUCUUCCUUUGUCCUCUUGGUGACAUAUUUCCUCGCCGACCAUACAUCUUGCUCCUGUGGCUUGCCCUGUGUUUAACACCCGAUUUCACCUCCUUCGCUGGCAUAUCCUUUGUGUGUGGAAUGACGACGGUAACACCUCAGCUCAUGCUGCCGCUCGUGGGAGACCUCGCCCCGGCCCACAGGAGAGCCACCUGCAUCUCCAUCGUUGUCUCUGGCCUCUCUCUCGGCAUGCUGAUUGCCCGUCUGUUAUCUGGAGUCAUAGCCAACUAUACCGACUGGCGCAACAUCUACUGGUUCGCCUUCGCCGCCCAGUACUGCAUCUUCAUCCUUCUCUUUUUAUUUCUACCGGACUACCCUUCCACGAACCCUGGCGGCCUGAACUAUUUCCACAUGAUGUGGAGCAUUGUCUACAUGUUCCUCACCGAACCUUUAUUGGUCCAGGCAUGCCUGAUCAACUUCCUCAUGAGUUCCAUUUUCACCUCCUUCUGGACCACCAUGUCCUUCCUCCUCUCCUCCCCCCCCUUUAACUACGACUCGCUUGAAAUCGGCCUCUUCGCCCUCAUCGGCAUCUUCAUCAUCUGCUGGGGCCCAGUCUACAGCCGACUCGUCAUCGACAAGAUCCAGCCGCUCUAUUCCUGCCUGCUCGGCAUCUCCAUCGAGAUGGCAGGUGUCGCGACGGGAACCUUCAUCGGGACCUUCACCGUCGCGGGGCCCAUCCUCGAGGCUAUCGUCAUCGACUUGGGUAACCAAGCCUGCAACAUAGCCAACCGCACGGCUAUUAAUGACAUCAACCCCAAGGCUCGCAAUCGGGUGAACACGUGCUACAUGAUCGCGGCGUUCACGGGCCAGCUGACGGGCACGGCGGUGGGGAAUCGACUGUAUGCUUUGGGAGGUUGGAGGGCGAGUGGGAGUUGUAACAGUGAGUUGAAUAUAUUAUCUUGCUUCCCCCUCUCCUCUCACAGAAAAUUCGAGAAUCAGAGAAACGUAUCGUUCUGA